CGUUAUUGAUGCUGUUUUGAGACCUCUGCGAUCUUCCCGAAAGAAAUAUGUGAUCUACCAUUGCAUUGAUGGCACGGUACAAUAGUUUUGCGAAAAAAGAGAGAAUCCCAUGCUCUCUAUUAUGUCCAGCAUCACGGCGAAAUCAUCUGCGACAUCUUAUCGUCUACGAUACCGAUUGCGCGAGGUUACCUUCUUCUUUGCUUUGGCAGCGUCUCCACUUGCGGCUUCUUUCGGUGUCUACGCGAACAAUCAGUCUCGACUUCCCCUCUCUACGUUUGGAGUCGUCGGUCGAUCUUCGUCGCCACUCUCUUCCAAUUCGAUCUCCGUUAAAGCAACUCGAUUGUCGACUGAUAGUGCAACGAGCACAGAGCAGGCACAAGACUCGGGCGCCAUGACCUCGUCCAAGACAUCAGCUUCGAAACUGGAAUUACUCCGGGCAAGAAUGGAAGAAUUGUCACUUGAUUGUUACCUCGUUCCAACUGACGAUCCGCACUUGAGUGGUAAGUUUAUUAUUGAAUUCCGGAACGCCCAAAAUCCUAGCAUAUCGCAUCCCACGUUGUAUAACUGAAACUCUAUGGCUUUCGUUUUCUUACUAUUAUUUUUCAUAUCCUCGAUGCGAUGCGGUACGCGUACUUUCUAGAAUAUGCUCCAGCCGCUUACAUGCGGAGGAAGUUCUUGACAGGAUUCGGUGGAUCUGCAGGUACGGCUUUGAUUACGAAAGAAGAAGCGUUGCUCUGGACCGACUCGCGGUAUUGGAACGAGGCCAAUAUGCAAUUGGAUUCGUCGCUCUGGAGUCUCAUCAAACAAGGGCAGCCGAAGGUACCAACCAUCGUUGAGUAUUUGAGUAAGAAGGCCGGUAAGGAGCAAGAGGCGGCAACCACCAAUGGCCAUAAAGCAGAGGUCAAACCGCUUAGAGUGGGAAUCGAUCCCUAUGUAUUCGCAUCUUCGUUUGCAGACGAAUUCAAGGAAGGAAUGAAGAAGGUCGCGAAGGAAGAAUUAGACGACGAGAGCUUGGAAAUCGGGGAAUUGGUGCCAUGUUACGACAAUCUUGUAGAUCCUAUCUGGGAAGACGAACGUCCACCAGUUCCCUACAAUCCCUUCCGAGUACACCCCUUGGAGUUUGCUGGCGUGUCGGUGGCAGACAAAGUUUCGAAGAUUAGGGAAGAAAUGGAAACCAAGAAGGCUACAAUGGCUGUUUUUUGUACGUUGGACGAUGUUGCGUAUCUGCUAAACGUUCGCUGCAUGGGAGAUGUCGACACUUGCCCCGUAGGAAUCGCUUAUGUGACUGUUACAAAGGAUGAUGUCUAUUUGUAUUGCGACGAACGCAAGGUUGAAUCAGCUGAUGUUCAAGAACAUUUGUCCGAAGUUACGAUGAAGCCGUAUGAGUCUAUUGUAGAAGAUAUCAAAGAACACGCUAACGAGAAAGACUCGAACAAUAAGGUAUGGAUUGACAAGUCUCGAUCAAAUUUGGCCCUCGUGAGUGUCAUUCCAAAAAAGGCUUUGAUUAACUCUCAAAACGCUAUCACUCCAAUGAAAGCGUGUAAAAAUGAACAAGAAUUGGAGGGAAUGCGUAGAGCACACAUAGUCGAUGGGGCUGCAAUGGCAAAAUUUAUAGCCUGGCUGGAGGAUAAAGUUGUUGUACAAGGCGAAUCUGUUAGCGAAGUAGAAAUCGAUGAAGUAUUGACCGCAUAUAGAGCCGAGCAACCGGGUUUUCUAGAAUGCUCUUUCCCAACCAUUGCCGGAGUUGGUAGCAAUGCUGCAAUUAUUCAUUACAGUGCCAAACCGGGGGAUCUCAUGAAGUAUUUGAACACCUCAGAGCCAAUUUUGAUCGAUUCUGGGGGACAAUACACAUAUGGGACGACUGACGUAACUAGGACUUGGCACUUUGGAACAGCAACCGAUAGAUUCAAGGAGAUCUUCACUCGUGUCCUUAAGGGCAACAUUGGAGUUGACACGAUGAUAUUUCCCGAGAACACACCAGGUUUUGUCCUUGAUGUAAUGGCAAGGCAAAGUUUAUGGGAAGGAGAGCUUGACUAUGGGCAUGGUACAGGUCACGGCGUCGGCGCGGCGUUGAACGUUCACGAGGGCCCUAUGUCGAUUAGUCCAAGGUUCGGAAACUUAGAGGGAUUGAAGAACGGGAUGGUGGUUAGUAACGAACCUGGGUAAGUUUCUUUAGUUCAAAACGCGCACUGAUACGUUUGGAUUUGAAAGUACUCAACUUAAUUUCUAUUKCUGUCAUGGGAUUUAAGUUACUAUAAGGAUGGCGCUUUCGGGAUCAGGAUCGAAAAUCUCCUUGAGAUGCAAUACGUCAACCCCGAGCAUAAUGAACCCAAGGAAGAGAGUGAAACAUCGGCAGAAAAGAAAUAUUUGAAAUUUGCGAAGCUUACCCUAAUUCCCAUACAGAAAAACCUGAUUGACUUAGAAUUGAUGACAACCAAGGAGCUAGAUUGGCUUGAUGCUUAUCACGAGGUUGUUUUCGAGAAAGUGAGCCCCCUUCUCGAGGCCGGCAGCCCUGCGAUGAAAUGGCUGAAGAAAUCGUGCGAAAAAAUUGAUCGGGGACCGAAUUAGCUCGCUUCCGCAAACAUUGCAGCGCUAAGGAGAAAAAGUCUAGUAAAAAUCGGUAUACGGA